UUCCGGUUACCACUUUUUGAGCCUGUAUUUGUUUUCAGUAUCUUUAUUUAGUAAUAUUUGUGAUUAUUAACAAAUUGGUGUCUUUUGGUAAUUACUAUUGUAGGCUAUGCGACUCCUACGGAAACAUAUUUCCUAAGUUUAAAAAAAAUAUGGAUUCCCUGUUUGGCAGUGGAGACAGUCACAGUGGCAGUGAUAAAAACUCUGAUGACGAGCAGCAUUCUGGAGAUGAGGAUGCCAGCCAUCAUGGCGGAAGUCACAAUUCUGGCUCGGAGAACGACAGUCAGCCUGGCUCUCCAGUCAGUGGGGGUGGAUCUCAGCCGGGGUCUCCGGGGAGUGGGAGUGGAUCUGGAUCUGCGAGGAGCAAUGAUGGCUCUCGACCUGGAUCACCAAUGAGUGGAGCUGAAUCACCCAGGAGCGGGGCAGGAUCGCUGCCCGGUUCUCCCAAAAGUGGGUCAGGGUCACCGAUGAGUGGGGCCGGGUCUGAACCAGGGUCUCCGGUGAGUGGGGCCGGAUCACAGGAUGGAUCUGCACCUGGAUCGCCAAGGAGUGGGUCUGGAUCACAUCCAGGGUCUCCCGGAGAUGUCACUGGAUCAGGACCUGGGUCACCAGCAUCUAAUGCAGCCAGCGAUGCAGACUCCCAACCUGGUUCUCCACAACAUUCAGAGGGAUCACCCGCAGGAAGCGAAUCCCGAUCUCCUCCCGGGUCACCGGUACCGAGUGGAGGAAGUGCUCCAGGCAGUCCCGCAGCGAGUGUGUCCGAUGCCCCACCGGCGACACCUGGUGGCAGUCCAAUGGCAGUGGCAUCUCCCAGAAGUGAUGCUGGAUCUGGGGCUGGUUCUCCUACAAAUGUGGAAGGAUCACCUGCAGGAAGCGAGGCUCACUCGCAGCCUGGUUCUCCUGCAGAUAGUGAAGCCAGAUCCCACCCCGGUUCUCCAGAACCUAUGGAGGGAUCACCCAUAGGAAGUGAAGCCAGGUCACAACCGGGUUCUCCGGCGCAUUCGGAGGGAUCACAUGCAGGGAGUGUAGCUGGUUCUCCCGCACAUUCGGAGGGAUCACCAGCAGGAAGCACAGCUGGUUCUCCAGCACAUUCGGAGGGAUCACCAACAGGAAGCAAAGCUGGUUCUCCAGCACAUUCGGAGGGAUCACCAGCAGGAAGCAAAGCUGGUUCUCCAGCACAUUCGGAGGGAUCACCAACAGGAAGCAAAGCUGGUUCUCCAGCACAUUCGGAGGGAUCACCAGCAGGAAGCAAAGCUGGUUCUCCAGCACAUUCGGAGGGAUCAAGAGCAGGGAGUGUAGCUGGUUCUCCUGCACAUUCGGAGGGAUCAAGAGCAGGAAGUACAGCUGGUUCUCCUGCACAUAGGGAGGGAUCACCAGUAGGCAGUAAAGGAAGUGCUCCUGGAAGUCCUGUUGCGGGUGGAUCUGAGAUACGAGCAGCAACUCCACAAUCUCCUAGUCACAGUCCAGCUGCGCGAGACAGUGGGAGUGAGUCUGACGGAGUGAAGAAGAAGAAGAAGAGACAUUUCCUCAGUGACAGUGAAGACGAUGAUGACCAGAAACAACAUGUUGAAGGGGAAAGUGUUGAGGCGACAAUGGGUGACUUGUUUGGUGAUGCUGAUGAUAUCAGCUCGGACGAAGGAGAAGCGAAGAUGGAGGAAGGUGAAGGGGAUCGCCACUCGAUGGCAGAGGAGGAGGAAGAGAAGGAGGAGGAGCCACCGGAGACUCGGAUCGAAGUGGAAAUCCCUCGGAUCAUGACGAACCUUGGAACAUCCCUGCACUACGUCAAGCUGCCAAAUUUCCUCAGUGUGGAAACCAGACCAUUUGACACGGCUACUUAUGAAGACGAAAUUGAUGAAGACGAGGUGUUGGAUGAAGAAGGACGAGCGAGAUUGAAACUUAAGGUGGAGAAUACAAUUCGCUGGAGAUAUAAGAAAGACGAAGAAGGAAACGAAAUCAAAGAUGUUGACGGGAACUCACUGAGAGAGAGCAAUGCCAGAAUGGUUAGAUGGUCCGAUGGAAGCAUGUCACUGCAUCUUGGAGAUGAAGUGUUUGACGUCUACAUUAUGCCGAUCCACGGAGAUUUCAACCAUCUGUUUGUGCGACAGGGCACGGGUCUACAGGGACAGUGUGUGUUCAAGACGAAACUCUCCUUCAGACCACAUUCCACAGAAUCUUUCACUCAUCGUAAGAUGACGAUGUCACUCGCAGACAGGUCAACCAAGACACAGAAGGUCAAGGUCUUACCUAUAGCAGGUCACGACCCCGAUGCUCACAGAUCAGAGAUGAUAAAGAAAGAAGAGGAGCGAUUGCGAGCUUCUAUCCGUCGUGAGAGCCAGCAGAGGCGGAUGAAAGAGCGAGCGCACGCACGAGGGAUGAGUUCAUCGUACCUGGAGGGGUACGACGAGGAGGACGAGGAUGAUGAAAACACCAUCUCCAUCGCGGCACUCAAGAAGAAGUACAAGGCCGGGGCCAGGAGAGAACGUCCAAAUAUUUACUCGUCUGACAGCGAGUCUGAGGAGUCAGAACCCGAGAAGAAAUCGUGGAAACCAAAGAAACUGGAGAGCGACCAGGUACGUAAUUACACUGUGUGACACACCUAGUUGGGGCAUGACGUAGCCAAAUAUUUACUCUUCUGACAGCGAGUCUGAGGAGUCAGAACCCGAGAAGAAAUCGUGGAAACCAAAGAAACUGGAGAGCGACCAGGUACGUAAUUACACUGUGUGACACACCUAGUUGGGGCAUGACGUAGCCAAAUAUUUACUCUUCUGACAGCGAGUCUGAGGAGUCAGAACCCGAGAAGAAAUCGUGGAAACCAAAGAAACUGGAGAGCGACCAGGAUUCUGAUUCUGACUCGGGACCCAAGAAGAAGAAAGCGAGAGUGCUGGACAGUGAUGAGGAAGAGGAGGAAGCAGGGGGAGGGGGAGGGGGAGGGGGGUCUCCCAAAGGAGGGGGGAGUGCUUCAGAACACAGUGGAGGGAGGAGUGGUGCAGGAUCUGAGAGUGAAUGAGUGAAGAAAUGAGACCGAGAAAGACAGCGAGAGAGAGAGAGAGAGAGAGAGAAACACAGAGAGAGAGAGAGAGAGAGAAACACAGAGAGAGAGAGAGUAUGUAAGAGAAAAGAGAGAAUGUGAGAGAUGUGGAAAGAGAGAGAGAACACAUUUUGACUUUGAGAGAAAAAAAAGAAGUGAAAAAAGACAUUUUGACUUUGAGAGAGAAAAAAGAAGUAAGACGAAGACGUAUUGACUUUGAAAUGUGUUUUAUUUGAUCCACGAUUUCACCUAUUUGUAGCAGGUUUUGUAAAAAUGUGUUGACUAGUGACAAACUAACAAAUUUACAAAUCUCUCUGAACCAUCAUGACAUUAUCUUAGCAAGUCGUUUUGAACUGCAUUGUGAGAUCGCAAAGUUGAGACAGAUUAGGGGAUUAGGCCCCUCUUGUAUUUGUAAACUCGGCCUGCUGAGUUUCACUUGCACAAUGAUUUCUUGUAGAUGUUAUGGUAGUACUAAACCAAAUAACAUCUGGCUGGGUUAAAAAUUCAUGGUGCACCGAACAUUUGAUAGAGCAUUUAAUACCACAAGUCCUGCCAUCGGUGAUAAAUGUGACUGUUGUAAACAAAAUUAGUUUCAUGUGGCAAAAACAUGUAUGCAAUUUUAUUUCAUCUAUGUGUUGUAAAUGCAUCUGGUUAUACCAAAAAUGAGUAUGAAAGGUACCAGUUUCUUCAGUUGAUACUUUGAGGUAGGGGUUGUAGUACUGAUAUAUGUAUGGGUCAUAGUUUGGUUGAUAUAUUGCAUAUAGUGUUUUUAAACACAAACAUUAACAUGGUCGCCUAUGGGAUUUUAUUUGGUAUAGUACAACCUUAUAGCAUUUUCUCUGCAGGAAUUCACUGUACAGAAGAACAAGUGUCUACAAAAAUAUGGAAUUUUUUAUACAUAUAUCCGUUGUGAUUAGCUACAUGAAUUUCAGUGAUCAUAAUAGAAUUCUGUAAAUAGGGGUGGGACAUAGCCCAGUGGUAAAGUGCUUGCUUAAUGCAUGGUUGGUUUGGGAUCGAUCCCUGUCGAUGGGUCCCUUUGGGUUAUUUCUCGUUGCAGCCAGUGCAAGUUUGACUGGUAUGUCUCAGGCAGUGGUAUGUGCUAUCUUGUCUGUGGGAUGGUGCAUAUAAAAGAUUUCUUGGUACUUAUGGAAAAAAUUUGCGGAUCUCCUCUCAAAAUGACCAAAUGUUUGACUUCCAAUAGCCGAUUAUUAAUUAAUCAAUGUGCUCUAAUGAUGUCAUUAAACAGAACAAACUUUAACUUUUUAAAAACAAUUCUGUAACAUUAAAUAGUAAUUGUUAAACAAUUUUAAAAUUAAUUAGCAAAUGUUGCUAAUAAACAUUUUGAAGAAAAUAUUAUUCCUCGGUUUUAGAAACACAUUGCUACAAGUAUGAUGCCAGAUAUGUUUAUCAAUCAUUGAAAUGUUUAUCAAUCAUUGAAAUGUUUACAGUAUGUAACAUCAUCUCGCGGAGAGGCAUUUCUCUAGGGUUAUCACCUGUUUGUUGAUCCACUUCAUAUAUUUGAUUAAAUAUUGUUUGAAAUUUUUUUUUAAUGUUCCAGUGCAGGGGCAUAGGAAGAUGCCAAAAAGUAAGGGGGGGGGGGGGGGGGGAGGAUACACACACACACA